AUGGCGUCAAAUAUUUCUCAACAUCAUAUCCCGCGUCACGUACAGUUUAACAAACCAGUGGCUGAUACAAAGAUGAUCCAUUUGGCUGAUAUAAACAUGAUCUCUUUCCGGAUACGGGGCUGGAACCAGCGUUUACGAAGCUCCUUCGAGGCGUUACGGAUGAGAUUAUGGAAAUUGGGCGACUGCCCAUUCCUUUCUUGGGGUGAGGAUCCAGUGAAGGAAAAAGACUGGACCAAGAUUUUGCUCUACAUUGACCUCUCAAAGCCCAAUCAAUCUAAGGAAGAUACCUAUUCUCACAUGGAACAUUAUCUUUGGGAAUUUUCCGAGACCUCUGGCGAUGAUAUACAGAAUCUCCACCAUAGACUGUCUGCCCCUCCACGAGGUAUGUGGGGUCGUGGAAACCCAGACAUAUCAUUUUAUGAAGUUUCAUCGGAUGAAAAUGACCGACGCGCAUUUGAAUACGCCAUGGUGAAUUACGCAAAGACUUUAGAUCAACAAGUCAUCCUAGGAUUUCAAUCAUCCCCAUGGUCGGGUCUUUCAGCAGGAGGCCACAUCUGGGCCCCUCAUAAUCAUCUAGCUGGUGAUGAUAUAAGCGCCCAAAAUUUCGUUUCAAUAUUCAUGUGCGAGAGGGAGGGAGCAAAUCAAGAGUGGUAUAAUGACUUCGCUGAACGAGCCUAA